AUGUCGGGCGCCGCCGUCGCCCAGCGCGAGAUUCCCGGUCGGGGCGUGGGCCUCGUCGCCGCCCGCGACAUCGACGCGGGGGAGACCGUCGUCGCCGAGCACGCGCUGCUCGUGGGCGUGAGCGAGGAAUUUCGGCGCGUCUGCUGCGCGUCGUGCCUGGCGCACGGGGCGGCGACGCCGUGUUCGGGGUGCGGCGAGGUGGUGCUGUGCGACACGUGCCGCGACCCCGCGUCGCCGUGGCAUCACGGGGCGGGGCACGGCGCGGUCGUGUGCGCGGCGGAACGCGUCGCGUCCGCGUGGCGACCGCCGCUCAGCGCACCUGACCGCGAGCGACUUCGAUUCCUCGGCGCGUGCGCCGAGCUGAGACGCGCGCACGUCGUCAACGGAGACGCGCGGGCGCGAGCGCGCCUCGACGCGGUGCUGCGACUGUGCCCCGACGUGGGUCCCGCGGGCGAGGGGAUCGACCCGAGGGAGGCGUCCGCCGCGGAGCGCGUGCGACCCGCGCUGGAAGCUGCGGUGCAGGCGACCAUCGCAACCACCGAGGCGAACACCGCCGGCGGCGGACUCCUCCGCGCCAUCGCCGGCGACGCCAUCGAGAACGCCGCGCUUCUGGCCAAGGAGACGAAGAACGCGUUCGGGGUCAUGGCGGCGACGCGCGGCGGCGACGGUUCGCAUCCAAACGACGGUUCAGAUGACGACAGGCGCGUCCGGGGCGGCGCCGUGUACGAGCUCGCUUCGCGAGUCAACCACGCGUGCUUUCCAAACGUCGCCAGGUUCGACAACUUUGACGGCGUCUUGUCCUCGCCGUCGCACGAGUUUUACGUCCCGCACCGCGACGGCCCGAACCCGCCGGGCCCCACCGAACUCAGGCUCGUCGCCAUCGACAAGAUCCCCGCCGGGUGCGAGGUUUUGAUGAGCUACCUCCCGGUGAGCGAGUCGUGCGCGCGGCGUCGGCGGCGGCUGCGAAACACCUUCGGAUUCGGGUGCGAGUGCGAACGGUGCGUCAUCGAGUGCGCGUGGGCGACGGAGGACGGCGCGGCUACCGGGGACGAGGGCGCGUACCGAGACGCGUCGCGAAGGGCGAGGGAGGCGCGUGACGAGGCGGCGGAGCUUGAGGCUGACGCGAUCGCGGACGCUUUGGACCGCGAGUGCGACGAGAAAGAGGAGGUGGCGAACCAAUCGCUCGACGCCGCCGAGCUCACGCGACGCGCGGACAGGAUCCCACCGACGUACGCGCUGUGGUUCGUUCGGAACAUGUGCCCCGUGGACGGGUGCGGGGGCACGCUGGCGCCUCCGCACGCGCGAGCGGACCACAUGACGUGCAACUACUGCGGCGAGCGGCGAAGCGACGAGGAGUUUUUCCGACGGCUGGACGCGGGAGCGGGUUGA